CACCGUCCAUAAACUAAACAAGCCUACCAGCCCAUUAUUUGUCACCACCUUAACAAGCACCCCAGCCAUGUUUGAUUCCAUUACCAACAUGGAGAGGAACCAGUCUUAUGCGUGGUGGAUUGCCUCGGCAGUUCCCAUAGUGUUCUUUCUUAUCAAAUGCUUCUACAACUUAUAUUUACACCCGUUGAGCCGUUUCCCUGGCCCCAAACUUGCAGCCAUUGGUAGCUACUAUGAGUUCUGGUUCGACGUGAUUAAAGAUGGCCAGUAUCUAUGGGAAAUUGCAAGGAUGCAUGAGAUAUAUGGACCUAUCGUUCGAAUCAGUGCGAACCAGCUACAUAUUCGCGAUUCACAAUUCUACAAUACUAUAUACUCGGCUGGUGGUCGAAAAAUUAAUAAGGAUGCUGGAACUGUCGCAAUAUUCGCAGCUCCAUCAUCUAUUGUUGCAACUGUAGACCACCAGCAACAUAAAGCGCGACGCAGCUACCUUCAGCCCUACUUCUCCAAACAUUCAAUCCUUUCCAUGGAGCCAAUGAUACACGAAAGAGUUGGCAAAUUAUGCGAGCGCAUUGAAGUCGCCAUGAACACAACGAAGGAGUUUGAUCUCAGCGCGGCCAUCUUGGCAAUGACGGGGGAUAUCAUUACUCAACGUUUUUACGGCGAGCACUCCGAUUUCCUUAGUGCUCCAGACUUCGACAACAUGCUAAACAGAGCUAUCCUUGGUUUGGCACUCAACUUCCAUUUUACCCGAUCCCUGCCGGGCCUAGUAUCCAUUAUUAAGAAGAUACCGAUUCCAAUUUUAAGCAUGGUUCUCCCGCAAGUUGCAGAGCCACUGGUCUGGCGGGAAAAGGUGAAGCACGAUAUUCUUUCGUGUUUAGAUGAAGAAAAUAAAAAAGAGUCGAAGUCGAUCAUUGUAUCAGCCCUUGGAAACGAGAACAUUCCACCCGCAGACAGAGAGAUUAAUCGCUUGUUGGACGAAGGCGAAAUAUUUCUUCUGGCCGGCGCUGAAACAACUGCAAGAGCAAUAAGUGUUGGGAUGUUUUAUCUCCUAAAUGACAAGACAGGUUUAAAGAAGCUGCGCGACGAGUUAAGUACACUGCCAUUUCAACCAGAAAAUGAGUACCCCAUGUCACAACUUGAGCGUCUUCCAUACUUGGCUGGCGUUGUCCAAGAAAGCUUGCGCUUAUCGAGUCCCGUGGGUCGCCUUCCCCGCGUCUCUGUGGAUGAACCGUUGCAAUACCACGAAUAUAUCAUCCCAAGAGGGACUCCCGUCAGCCAGUCAGCCUAUUUUGUUCAUAAUGAUCCUGAGAUCUACCCGAAUCCCGACUCUUUCGAUCCAGGUCGGUGGAUCAAGGCGGCAGAAGAAAACUUUCCAUUGCACAAGUACCUUGUCAACUUCACCAAAGGUACCAGGCAAUGUAUUGGCAUUCCACUGGUAUCCGCAGAGAUUCACAUCACCAUCGCAAGACUUGUCAGUACCUUUGAUAUGGAUUUAUAUAAGACUACGAUGGAAAGUGUGGAGAUCCACCAUGAUCGCUUCGUUGCCUAUCCCAAGAAGUCUAAGGAUACGGGCUCCUGGCGCGGAGAAAUCAUGGUGAAGGUUACGGGCAGAGCCAGGUCGGAGGCUGCUAAAUGAUACUGUCACAUCUUAUGCAGAAUCUCGGUUCUGGGAAGCUAUGCGUUUUCUUUUCUAUCCAUUCUAUCAACUUUUUGCUAUCCCAUAACCUCUUUCUAUCCAUCUCAUUUCUUCAAAUUACUAGGCAAUUGGCAGAAUGCACUGAACACCGUUGGUUUGUCGUUGAAGGCCUCCACUCUCCGGCGCGCGAGCAGGUUUGUAGGCUUAAUGGUUGAGACUGGCUGGCAUUACCUGGGAAAACUGGGCGAUUCACAUGGCGGGAUUGCUUCGGAGAAUAGCUGCGCGCGUGCCCCUUGAACAAUAUUGAUUGGGGUGUGACUUUGCAGAUCAAACUGAUCUAGGACGUCAUGUGGACUAGAGAAGGCCAUUGCCAUAGCUGUCGUUAAGGGCCGCGCAUUUUUGGUUACACUAUUUAUCGUCCGCCGUUAAAAGGCCUUA